AUGCAACGUCAUUCGCGGCACGUGAGUUUCGAUUUUACUGCUCUGAGCGCGAGAGCCGUCUCGCUGUGCACGCGAGCCCGCAAUGUGGUGUCUUGCUACAAAAGAGAAGKCGGAUUCAACAAAGCCUUCAUCUUUACCAUGGACAGUGGAGAUCGUAUAGUCGCCAGGAUUCCCACACGCAUCGCAGGUCCUCCGCGGCUAACUACAAACUCAGAGGUUGCGACGAUGGAGUAUAUCAAGUCCAAGACGACAAUACCCGUACCAAACAUACUCGAAUGGAACGACGAUAGCUCGAAUCCCAUUGGUAUCGAAUACAUAUUCAUGGAUCACGUCCCCGGAGUCCAGUUGCACAGCUGCUGGGACAAAAUGUCGGCGUUUGACCACCUACAGAUCGUCAAGUCUGUUUCGAACAUGAUAGGACAGAUGACAGCACUCGAAUUUCCUGCUUUUGGAAGCAUAUAUUUCCAGGACGCACCAAUCGACCCAGCUUUGAAGAUUAAAUUUGACAAUGGGUUUUGUAUAGGCCCGCAUUGUGGUUCAGAGUUCUGGAACUGUGGUGUAGGCGAGACUACUCUCUAUGAAAAUAGUGGCUACGACCAUGGGCCGUGGAAGAACCUGCACGACUACUCUGACGGACUCAUAGCCUCGGCCCGGUCUCGCAUACCAGAAGAUGGUUCAGUGACGACCAUGCCCUUAUACUGGGGCCCGGCUGAAGAACAUCGUGAAUUACUGACCACUAAUGAAGCAAUCCUCUCCGAACUAAUCAAGAGUCCACUCUUGCGAGAUAUUUCCAAGCCUACUUUGCUGCAUGUGGAUCUUCACAAGAGGAACAUUUUUGUAUCGGAUACUGAGCCCACAAAUAUCACUGCACUCAUUGACUGGCAAGCGACUAGUGUGGAGCCUGCAUUCAUGUACRCAAACGAUACACCCGAUUUUGCGACCCGGCCAUUCGAGGAUAGAGGCUCGGACAACAGUGCAAACCACAGCCCACCGUCCCAAGAAAGCAAGCACGCACAAGCAAAAGCAAAGCAGGAUAUCCUGCUCUGCAGUGACGCUUUUGAAGUAUGCAUGGAAGGGUUUGCGCCAGUCAUCGGAGCGGCUCGCAGUGCAGAUGAACUACUUUUGCGCCCUUUUCGCCAUUGCAACACUUCCUGGAGGGAUAGCGUGACUGCUGUGCGGCAGGAACUGAUUGAGCUUUCGCGACGAUGGGACGAUCUUGGUCUAGCUGGCGCAUGUCCCUAUGUGCCAACGAAAGAAGAGUUGUAUAGGCACCAACGACAGUACGGAGAUUUUGAAAUUGCUCAAAGUUUGAAGAUGGGUCUCGUGCAGAGUCUCUAUACUGAUUCUGAUGGUUGGGUGUCAGUAUCUGAUUGGGAUAUUGUCAAACCUGCUCACGACGCCAUGUAUCGAGAGUGGUUGGAAACGGCGAGGGAGAAUGAAAGUAUGAGCGAGGCAAAGGCGAGAGAUCUGUGGCCAUUUGAUCAGGAGUGA